AAAGUGAUUGAUAAUACAUGCUGUCUCAUGCGGGCUUCUGACAAUUCCUAACUCAAGUGUGUUAUUGAAUGUUGUUUUUUUGUUGCCUUGUAAAAAUGGUUUUAAAAUGUAUUUUGACAACUGAUUCAUUUUUUUUUGUUUCUCUUUUUGAUGUAGUUGAAAGGAAGUAAACUGCUCGAACAUGGAGUCUGCAGGAAGCAGGCCAGUCUCCAAUGGCCCCGUCACAAUCUAUAGACUUAUUAAGUGGCCUGCACACUUGCUGGGCUCUCGGGUACCAAAGAACUAUUCUUCGCUGAAGGAGCUUUCAAAGAGCAAUUCACCGAUGUUUGAAAUUACGCAAACAAGAGACGGUAUAGUAGCAACAUCCGAUUUGCCUGAGACUCCAGAAUUUUUGGCUACAAAAAUACUUCAGAAAUUCUUAGAAAAAAGAGGUGGGAAGAAAAAAAAACAUGGUAAAGUGCCUUCUGCUGGUGGUGUCCACGUGUGUUGUUAUUGUCAAAAGUCCUUUGACAGUCCAUGUCGCUGGAGAAGACACGUUAACGUUCACACGGGAGAAGUCAAGUAUCCUUGCCCUGUGUGCGGAAAAGAAUAUCUCGACAAGUCGACUUUGUUGCGUCACAAGAAAAUUCACAGCGGAGAAAAACCUUGGAGUUGCAAGAUCUGUGAGAAACCAUUUCACACUUUGCCUUCGCUCCGUCGUCACAUGACGGUGCACAACCCAGCCUGGCGACCCUUCGAAUGCGACAUCUGCAACAAACGUUUUCCGGACAGAAGCAGUCUACAGAAACACAUUUUUGCGCACACUGGGCUUAGGCCACACUUAUGCACCGUGUGCAACAAGUCAUUCGUUUAUUUAGGGGACUUAAACUGCCACAUGAAGAUUCACGCGGUUACAAAAGAGUUUCGUUGUGCUCAUUGCAAGAAAGAGUUUGCCAAGCUGACCAAUUACCAGCGACAUGUGAAGAUUCACGAAGGCAACAAGACUUUUCAGUGCUCAGUGUGUCAUGUAGGGUAUAACUUUCAAACUAGCCUCACACGCCACAUGAUUACACAUCGGUUAGAAAAAUUAAAGAAAGCGCGGAUAAUGUGUCGGUUUUGUGAUGCUAGGUUUUUAAACAGAUCUGCCUUGAAAAGGCACUUGCUUCUGCAUUAUACAGAAACUGUUAAACAAAAAUGUAAAACUGGUGCUGAAAAUCUAAUAACCGAUAAUUGUGACUCAAAAAAUGAUAUCAAUAAGAGACCGUUGACACGUAGUGAAAUUAGUUUUGUGCGCAAGAACCUGAAAUAUUGCGUUGAGGUUCGGUCAACCAAAGCUCAAAGCAAAGGCCCAAGGACUACAGGGGAUAACCAAGCUGAAAAUCAGGCAGAAUUAAACAGAGAUGUUGAAAAUAUUGCAGUUAACUCUGGAGACAUGUCGCCGUUGAGAGUUUUAGAUGAAAGUCAGGCAGAUAGUAGAAGACCAGCUGGGCAGACGGACACAGUUCUAGAAAGUAGUAGUUCAAGCUCUGUACAAAAGAAGAGGAGAGGAAGACCAAGAAAGAUUCACGUUGAUGCACUUGCCUCCCGAGUGUGUGGCACUGAACAGCCUGAGUCAGUAGAGCUGAGGAGUGAGGAAAAUGUUGGUAAGCGCAGUAGGGGUAGACCAUCGAAAAAAAAUAACAUUCCUGUUAGGAAAAAAGUUGUUACUGGUACCAAGGAAAAUGAAAUGUUCUCAGAGUUGGUUACAGAAAGCCUUACACGAAAACGAGGUAGGCCACGGAAAAAUCUUAAUAAAUUUUCCGAAGAACCGUCACACAGUCGGGAGUCAGAAAAUUGUGAACACAUGAAUCCACGAAGAAGUCUAAGGAAAGUCAUAAAUAGCAUAAAUAAAAAUAAAGAUAUGUAUGGAACAGAGUCAAAACAAAAAGAUGCAUCUUCUGAGUCAAGAAAAACUGGUUCUGAACAUUUUGUAGAGCAGAAGCGAAAGAGGGGAAGACCUAGAAAGUCUUUGCAAUCAUUUUCUGAUCAAGAAUCGCAUCAGCUACAAUCUCAAGUUAUAAAAGCUAAAGAAUCAUUAAUGGAUGAAAUUUCUGUGAGUGUUUCAAAGCAGAAUAAUGGAGCACGUGAAUUGGAAAGGAAUGAAUAUACAAGUGAAGAAAUGCUUGUUCCAAGUAAGAUCUCUGGAACAAGUAAGAUCCCUGGAAAUUUUGAUACUACUUGCUCUAGAACUACAAAUGUCAAUAGUGAAAAUGAACGAAGUGGAUUGAGUAAACAAACAAAUGAAUGUAAUGAUAAAAUGACUUUGGCCAAACAAAUGCAAUCGCCUAACAUUAUGAUAAAUGACUGUAUGCAUGAAAAUGGUAAUGUUUGUGACGGCUCUGCAAUGGGUGAAAAAACAGGAUUAUAUGAUGGUGAAAUGGGAGUGCAGUUGAAGAGAGAUCAUAGAAGGAGGCUCAAAGAACAAAUAUGCGAGACAGCAAGUCAUCAGAAAGAGCAGCUAUUGCAAGGGAUAACAAAAGAUUGUAGUAGAGAUAUGAUAGCAAAUAAUGAUACUAUAGAUAUUUUGCAUACAGUGUUAACAGACACAAGAAAUUCACAAGAAAAUUGUGUCACCGUAACACUAACAUGUGACGACACAGAAGCAACAGAUCCGAGUGAGGUAAAACAAUAUUCAAAACAGACAGGCAAAAUUCUGAAAGAACUGGUUUUAAUAGAGUCGGAGGAUUGUAACGAUGGAUGGUCAACAGAAAACAAUGCGUGUGCUGGAGGAAUUGAACUCAAAAAAAUUUGUGAACGUGCAAAGAGGCUUUUUGUAAAUGAUACAGAAACCCUACUUGCUCACAAUAGUAUUGCUGACCUUCGAGGGAGCCAACCAGGGCAGUAUGUAGUCAUAAAUGUGACUGAAAAUUGUGGAGGGAUUCAGAAGGGUGGCUUGCGCCUCCAGGGAAGUGCCGAGGCCGCAUUGAAAGUGCAGGGGCAUGGUACUGGAGGAACGGUGAUGAGGGACAUUCGCUCCGGUGCAGGCGUACCGUCAGGGGCCGACGGGGGCCGCACUGCGGGGCUUGAUUUGAAGGGAGAUCUACUGGACGACUGGCAGAGUGACAACAGUUGCAGUUCAGAAUCUCUGCAAGUGGCAUAGAAAAGUAUUGGGUAGCAACGAGUUGCAACCAAGCUCGUUCAGAGGUUCGACACAUCUUGUAAUCUGGGCACCUGUCGAGCCGCUGGCGUUCAGAUUUCUUCGAAUCGAUUCUGGCUUUUGACCUCGGCCGUCAUGUCGCAUUCCUGCUCUGCUGGAGUUUUUAGUUCGCUCAAAAUAUUUACUGUUGGUUUUCAUUUCAGUAGUGUUUCCUUUUUUUCUAGCGGGUUACACUUCACGCAUAGUUAUUUAGAACAUCUUAUUACAACUUAUUUUGAAUACAGUUGUACUGAAUAUUUAUUCUUCUGAAUUCCUGUUCAAAAUUGUUUUGAAGUUUGAUUAAUCCAACAGAAUCGCUAAUCAAGCAUGGCCAAUGAAGAGUGAUCAGGAUAUGUGAAGUGAGUGACCUGUCACACAUGUUCCCAUGUUGAAUUUUGCUUGUUUUCAACUGAAAUCCAGUGGCAAGAACCUAGUGUAAUUGAAUGUAAAAUGAAAACAAUGUUCAUUGGAACUUUUAACGGUAAUGUUACUUUUAUUUUUUUUAUUUUUUUAAUUAAUGUAUUAGGGUACUUCUUGGGUCAUUAGAGAUGGUUAGGGGCGAUGAGAAUAAAUUGGAGAGAUGAUGGAAUGUGUUGUUGGGUAAAAUGGAACUACCCUGAGAAUACCCAUACUACUGCAUCGCUCACAUUUCCCACUUAUAAAAACAAAUUAUGUGGUCCUGCCAGGAAUUGUUUCUGGUUUGCUUUGAUGGAGAGUGAUCAACUAGUCAAACACAGUGGGCCCAUCUUAACACUUUUUUGUUGUCAUACAGUUGUGAUUUUGAAACCUAUUAUGAUAAUUUUAUUUACGUACUUGAAGUACCAAUACAUCAUAUCUAAUAGUUGUAAUAUUUUGUUUGUCUUAAUUAAAUUAUAUAAAGGCUAAUUCAAAUUAAAACCUAUUGAAUUGAAGAUCAAA